CAAUCCAAUGAAAACGUGAAUCAUCUCUCUAUCUACAUUUUCUCCUCAUUUUCUUUCUUCUUAAAUUCUCUCUCAACUCACAACUCUAACAAACCACCCAAAAAUGGCUGCUUCUACUACAACAACUUCACUCUUCCUCUCCUCUCCACGCGCCGCCGCACGCUCUCUCCUGAACCCUAUUCGCCUCCCAUUCCCCUCCUCCUCCUCCGCCUUUCCCUCCAAAUCCCUCACUUUGAAAUCCCCGCCUCCUUUUUCCCCUCUCAAGAUUCUCUGCUCUCGCGGUUCUCGAGAUGCUGUUGUCACUAAGGACUCAUGGGAUGACUUGAUUGUGAAGAGUGAUAUUCCAGUCUUGGUUGAAUUCUACGCAAGUUGGUGUGGGCCUUGCACGAUGGUACACCGAGUGAUUGACGAAAUUGCAGCAGAGUACGGCGGUAAACUCAAGUUCUUUGUACUCAACACCGACAGUGACUCCGAAAUUGCCGACUUCUGCGACAUCAAGGCUGUACCAGUGGUUUUACUAUUCAAAAAUGGAGAGAAGCGAGAGACAGUGGUCGGUACCAUGCCAAAGGAAUUCUACGUUGCUGCAAUCGAGAGGGUCCUGCAACCGUGAUCAUACUUCAAUGCCUGAAUUAACAUCUAGUAGAGUUGAUUGGUUUUUUCAAUUAGGUCAGGUAUCAUAAGAUUUUGUUCUUUUCACUGCUUGAAUUUCAAUUGGAUCGAGUACAUUGCUUGUACAGUUUUAAACGAAUGGAUGCUUACGGGUGAUCACCAUCAUGUGGUGAUCUCUAUUGUAUUUUGUUGAGAAACUCCUGCAAAACUUAAAUUCUGUAUAUGAGCAUGAGGUUCAUUGUUGCUGUUGUGCAAGUGACAAUAUUAUUUCAGUGGAAACAUCUUAGUCUUUAGUUUA